GCAGGUCCUGUUCUGCUGCUCGUGUUUCUAGACUGCUCCCCGCGCGCCGCGCAUCGUCCGUCCGUCUUGUCUCUCUGUCUGACCCGCUGGAUAUUCAGUACAUCGUCUCAAAAGAGGUGCCUUCAGCUUUAUCCCAGUCUCCUCAACGUUAUCCAUCAUGGCUGAGAAUAAACUGGCCUCCUUUGGGAAGAUGCUGCUGAGGCGUCGCGUGCUGGACACUUCUCAGGACGAAACCCGCUUCGCUCGCUGUCUCACCACUCUUGACCUCAUAGCCCUCGGGGUGGGGGCGACACUGGGUGCAGGUGUCUACGUUCUGGCUGGGGAAGUGGCCCGAGAGAAGGCUGGACCUGCCAUCGUGCUGUCUUUUCUAAUUGCUGCCUUUUCCUCUGUUCUCGCUGGUUUGUGCUACGCUGAAUUUGGCGCACGUGUUCCCAAGACGGGAUCCGCUUACCUGUACAGCUACGUGACAGUGGGUGAAAUAUGGGCCUUCAUCACGGGAUGGAACCUCAUUCUGUCAUACGUGAUUGGCACAGCUAGUGUGGCACGGGCUUGGAGCUCAACGUUUGACAAUCUAGUGAACAAAACCAUCUCUGACUUUUUCACUGAUUCCAUGUCAUUUCCAUACACUGGAAAAGUGUUAGCGGAAUAUCCAGAUGUGUUUGCCCUCAUCCUGGUCAUGUUGCUCACUGGAUUAUUGGCAUUUGGAGUGAGUGAGUCUGCUCUUGUGAGCAAGAUCUUCACAGGAAUCAACCUGGUGGUUCUGACAUUUGUCAUUAUAUCGGGCUUUGUGAAAGGCGACACUGCCAACUGGAACCUCACUGUGGAGGACUACAUUAACAGCACAAACAACUAUAAUGCAGAGAUCAUUGAAAAAGAGUUCGGCUCAGGUGGCUUUGCACCAUUUGGCUUGGGUGGAAUCCUUACUGGUGCUGCUACAUGCUUCUAUGCAUUUGUGGGUUUUGACUGCAUCGCAACCACAAGUGAGGAGGCCAAAAACCCCAUGCGUUCCAUCCCGAUCAGCAUAGUGGCCUCUUUGCUCAUCUGCUUUUUUGCCUACUUCGGAGUGUCGGCAGCGCUCACACUCAUGAUGCCCUAUUACAAGCUGGAUGUUCAAAGUCCACUUCCAGAGGCCUUUCAAUAUGUGCACUGGGACCCUGCUCGCUAUAUUGUGGCGGUGGGGUCUCUGUGUGCCCUUUCCACCAGCUUGUUGGGCUCCAUGUUCCCUAUGCCUCGUGUGAUUUAUGCCAUGGCUGAGGAUGGUCUGCUCUUUCGCUCCCUCUCCCGCAUGCACAAGAAAACCAAGACACCUGUGCUGGCCACCAUUGUGUCUGGCAUCGUAGCAGCUCUGAUGGCCUUCCUGUUUGAUCUCGCCGCAUUAGUGGACUUGAUGUCGAUUGGGACCCUGCUGGCAUACACUCUAGUUGCUGUGUGCGUACUCAUUCUCCGGUACCAGCCAGGCAGUAUUGGCUCCAGUGGUGCUAAUGAGAAGUCAAUGGAACUACAGAGGCUGGAGGCUAAAGGAGGCAUGGCAGAUGUGGAUAGCGGGGAUGAGUACGGCCAGGAGCUGGAGACAACACCCCUUAAGGAGAGGUUUUCCAUCAGGAUGCUGGUGCAACCCAUCUGUGAUGUACCCACCAAGAUUUCAGGCAUCAUUGUUUACUCUGCAACUGGCACCAUAUCUGUGCUGUUCACUCUGCUGUGUGUGGUGCUGGCAGUGUACGGAGAGCAGGUGGGGAAGGGCAGCCCUCUUUACAUCACUUUGGUUGUUUUCCUGUCUGUUCUGUCUUCUGUCUGCAUCUUCAUCAUCUGGCGACAGCCCCAGAGUAAAGAGGUUCUCACUUUCAAGGUGCCUUUGCUCCCCAUUCUGCCAUUGGUCAGUAUCUUUGUAAAUAUUUACCUCAUGAUGCAAUUGGGUGGACCUACAUGGGUUCGUUUCGCAGUAUGGAUGGUUAUUGGUUUUAUUAUUUAUUUUGCAUAUGGAAUAAAGCACAGCUCUGAGGGAAAAAACAAUUCCCCAGAAAAAUUUGAGCCAAUUUUCCAAGGAAAGAAACCAAUCUACUUGACUGAAGAUGAGAGUGAGGGGACCACACCUUAAGAAGAGCAGCUGGAUUGGUAUGGCAGCCACAUUACAACCGGUUUUGUAAAUGGCUGCAGUUUCACUUUUGCACCUUAUAAUUCUUCUAAAGUCUGCAUUGAAAACUGACAAAAAUGGCUUCACUCAACCAUUUUUAUUCAGUAGGUAAACUGUGUAUUUCUUGCUAAUCGUUUACCUUGUGUCAGUGUAUAAUGGUUCUGUAACAGUGCUACUUAUGUAUGUCUAGGCUUCAUUAUGAAAAGAAUUCUGUCUAGUCCUCCAUGUACUUUGUAUGCACAUGUUGACAGAUCAGAGAUGGGGCAGAACUGUUACGCUUGAAAAGAUGUUUGUGAACAGGGUGUCUCUGCCUGUGGGUGGUCAUUUAGUGUGACUUCUUUCUCUCUCAAUGAAUGGGAAUAUGUUAUUCAUAGGCUUUGUUUAAACAGGCAGCAGAAAUCUCAUUGGGCGUAGCCAACUCAAAUUUUUUUUUAAUCAUUUAUGAUGUGACAUUUGUUUAACGUCCUUCAUGUCCACAUUUACUCAUAUAUCACACUGUGUCACAUUCACUAUGUAGUAAAUGUGGCCAUGAAGGACGUCCACAGCCACAUUUACUGUGGACACACAUACUGUGGACCUCAGCCACAUUUACUCAUAUAUCACACUGUGUCACAUUCACUAUGUAGUAAAUGUGGCCAUGAAGGACGUCCACAGCCACAUUUACUGUGGACACACAUACUGUGGACCUCAGCCACAUUUACUCAUAUAUCACACUGUGUCACAUUCACUAUGUAGUAAGUGUGGCUGAGUCCCUUUCCAUUAUGUUGGCACUCACAUCAUUACUAUAGUAUCCAGUUUAGGCAAACAGAUCAGAAUUCAUCCUUUGCAAAAUGAUAGUGAGCACAGUCAGAAAAUUCACAUUUAAAGACCAACUUAGAUUUGUGUGCUGCGUGAACAAACUCAAUGUAUUUUUAUUGGACCAGAGAGAAUUGAGAGUGUAAAAUAAUGUGCAUUAUUGUUUUGAAAUCAAAACGUCCUUGUAGUACUUAAUUUUAUAAACUUGACAUGAUUGGUAAAAGUGAUACAUGAAAAAUAUUUUUAAAAUUACCUUGGAUUUUGUCAGUAGUUUUCUAUUUGUAAAAGUAUGUUCUUGUAUAUUUUUGUAAAUGUAUUUAUGUACCAGCGGGAGGAAAAUGUAUUUAUUGUUAAUGUUACUGUAAUAUGUUUGACAUAUUUUUGGCUUCUUUAGUACCAAUACAUUUUGGCACAGUUUUCUCUACUGAGCUGUACAUAUUUGGGAUGUAAAAUAGGAAACCCUCAUUGUCUUAAAUGUGCUUAAUAGCAGAAACAGACAUUCCCUUAUUGUCUUUUUCUGGAAAGGCGUCUUGUUUUUUACUUGCGUAACAAAAUUAGUACUUUUUUCAUUUUGAGCAUCAGCAUCUAAGUGCUCUUAUUUUUCACGCAAUAUUUUUCCAUUCUAGUUAUCUUCUUAAGAUGACAGUUUAUGCUGUUUUCAUAAUGUUUUUUGUAAAAACAUUGCAAUGUAAAUGCAUUUUUCUUUAAGGAAAAGUAGAUUUGAAGGUGGAGAUUAUGGAACUUUGUGACUUUGGUGGCUUUUUCCGUAUGCUGCUGAGAUAUGGUAUAUGUAAUUGACAUGAACCGAGUAAUUUAUGGCUCUUUACACUAAACAGAGUUAUUUGUACAGUUUAUUUUCCAAAAAUCAUCCGUUUGCUGCAAAUAUUGUAACUUUUAAGCCUGUUUUACAAUGAAUGUUUACACAAUGCUGCUGUGUAGUUGAGCUGGAACUGUUUGUUCCAGUUUAUUGAAAAUCAUAUCUGUUACAAAGUUGAGAGUCAGUAGUAUUCACUUUGAAGAGACAUUCUCUUCUUAUAAUACAGACCCUUAUGGGUAUUACUGUAGCCUACAUUUCCUCAGAAGUGAUGACUUUUCAUGGCUCAAUGCUGUGACUAGCUUUUUCUCACUCUUUCAGAGGUAUAGAGCUGUUCGGUUUGAAGUCCUAAAUCCUGGAAAAGAAUAUUACAGGCAUGUAUUCCCUCUGGAAUUCCUAUGGGAAUUUUUGAUUGAGUAAAAUAAGGUCUGUUGUUUACAUUACUUGUUAGCUCAGGUUCAUUAAAUAAUAUUAAAGGAACUAAUUUCAUUGUUAGUUUAUGCUAACGCUUCGUUAACUAAUGUUAAUAAGUGGAACCUUACUUGGAAAGUUACCGCAUAAAUAAUACCUAAAAUGUGAGAGAAAUAUAUUUUUAAAAAUAGAACUUGCUAAACAAGCUUCCGGAUUGGCUUACAAAUUGACAUGAUGACUGAAUAGCUCUAUUGGUUUGUAUACUGUAAUAUAACAGACAUUACUGUUUACUGUGUUGUAAAACUUGUUUAAUAUCCAUGUAUAUAUUUGCUCUUUAAAGCUGAAGUGUGAAAUUUCUGUGCCACUGAUGUCACCAAAUGAAAUUGCAAAAAUAGUUAUUGUUUUCACAAAAUGCUCCCAGAUAGUCCCACCCCAAACUCGCACCAUUGGUUGAGCCAGUGUUUCUGUGUUGGGCUGGAUUGGAUGCUUAAACAUGGAUUUGGGUAAUGGCUUACUUUUACUCGUAUCUGCAUAUUAAGAUGAGAUAGAAGAAAGUAUUUUGACUUUAAAACAAAUUACACACUUCAGCUUUCCUAUGUAAAUAGCCUACUCAAUGUGCCUUUAUUAUGUGCUAUGCUGUUAUCAAAUAAACAU